GCAGCCGCCGGAGGCAGUUCUGGACCGAUCUACUCAGGAUUGCAGCCGGAGCCGCGCGUCUUCUCCACAUCCUCUUCCAUCAUCAAAUCUGUUGGCGAUCGACACCUGCAUGCGGCUGCUACCAUCUCGCGAUCUGCACUCUGCUUCCUCGUCUGCCGCGGCCGAAGUGCAUGAGAUGUCAAGGGGUACAAGAAGGAACAUCAUUCGAAGCCAUGAGGAGUAUUUGUCAGAGGAGCUUGUUGUGCAAAGAAGUAAUCACAAAACAUAUGCCCCUUAUCACGUUGAUCCAAGUUCUGAAGAAGACCAAUUAGAUAUGGAAAAUAAUGAUGAGAUUAUUGCCCCAGAUCAUCAUCAACAUGCUGCAGCUUCUGAUUUUGAUCCUACCUCUACUGGGCACCCUUGUGAUAUAGAUGGUGAUGCUGAGCCUAAUAUCGAAGAGGAAACUGUGGGAACAAGACGUGGGAAGACAAAACUUAAACAUGUUUGGAACAUUCCAAAAGGGCAUAGGAUUGUAGUAAAAUGUAAUGAGUUUGACCAGCCGAUUGGAGAAGAAGCAGGAGUGCUUGGAAAAUUCCUUGGCAUGGUGGCAAGAAAUGGCUGCCUGUGUAGCUUAAGCUACAAGGAUUGGAGACUUCUGAUAGGAAAGAAAGAGAGAACUACCAAUGAGCAGAAAAAUAAAGAGGAUAUACUUAACCAAGUAAAGAAGAGAUUUCUUUACCCUGCACGCAUGGAAAAAUGGGUACUGCGAACCAUUGGAGAUAGAUGGAGGCAACACAAAUCCAAUCUGAAAUCUAUAUAUUUUGACGUGCAUAAGAGCAAAGAAGCUAAUUACAAAAAUGUUCCAGAAGGUGUGAUACCUGAUCAGUGGAUUGCGCUUGUCAAUAAUUGGAUGACCUUGAAAGCACAGGAUAUAAGUGAGGAGAAUAGGAUAAACUGUGCUAAGAAAAAGGCAAUUCAUACAACUGGGACGAAGAGUUUCGCUCGAAACAGAGAAGAAUUGAGAGAACAAGAUCCUGAAAAGAAAAACCCUCAUAGGGCUGUUUUGUAUAUCCAUACACAUCGGGCUAACAACAGCAAGAACAUUAAUGCACAUGUGGGUGAUUUGAAGGAUCUGUUAGUACAACAACCGGAUUUAGCAGACACUAGUCAAGGUAAGGUUGCAUGGAAAGGAGAUGCACUAACCAGAAUUUUAGGAGAAGAGAAGCCUGGCCGUGUCCAUGGUCUGGGCCUUGUUCCAAAUCCAGACAAAGUGUUAGACUGCUCUAAAUCAGGUCGUCUAAAGCAUCUAAAUAUAACAUCUUUGGAUCCAACGUCAAGUGAAGAUGUAGUAUCUCUCAGACUCCAGGUGGAAAAACUUGUAAAUCAUGUCCAGAACUUGGAGCAGAAGACUAAAGCUUUGGAACAACAGCAAAACCAGCAUGGAGGUUCAGGUGAUCCUUUGUCCGCAACAACAAAUGCUCAAAAUGCUUCGAUUCGAAAAGUAUGCAUCUCCAUAGAGUAUAUGUUUACCCCAAAAUUACAGUUGGCAUAGCUGAUUCAAAUUUAUGUUUUAUUAUUUACUCUAAUAACAGCGAGUAUAUGUCGAACCACCAAGUCAAGAGUACGCGAUGCAUGAUGGUGAUACA